CGCAGUUUAUAAUGAGCACCGGCGAACACGUUGUGUUCCCCUUGGCCUUUCGGGGAAUUGGCGUUAGGAGAAGCCGUGCAAGAUGGAUGUGAUUGCGUUUUUAAAACCUCGAAUUGUUUUUAUGAGUGACUGAAGUCUUCUAGGAUGUCAGCUGAGGACUUUAUGCACGACGGUUUCUUAAGUGAGGAGGACGAAGGCGAAAUAGUAGAUUGGCAACUACCACUAAUUUUUAUGAAGAAGCGCCACAGAGAACAGAUCGAAGGUUCCAGAUCUUUAGCUCAAACGUGGCGAAUGAAGGAGCGAAUGAAGACGGUCAGUGUUGCUCUGGUGUUGUGCUUGAACAUUGGGGUCGAUCCACCAGAUGUCGUAAAAACCUCACCUUGUGCAAGAAUGGAGUGCUGGAUCGAUCCUUUAUCUAUGAAUCCGCAGAAGGCUUUGGAAACUGUCGGUAACAAAUUACAGGAACAAUAUGAGCGUUGGCAGCCAAGAGCUCGCUAUAAGCAGAGUCUUGAUCCUACUGUAGAAGAAGUGAAGAAACUGUGUUCCUCACUACGACGAAAUGCAAAGGAGGAGAGAGUCCUUUUUCAUUACAAUGGACAUGGUGUUCCAAGAGCAACUGCAAAUGGCGAGAUUUGGGUUUUUAACAAAAGCUACACUCAGUAUAUUCCACUGUCCAUGUAUGACCUGCAGACAUGGAUGGGAAGCCCGUCCAUCUUUGUUUAUGAUUGUAACAAUGCUGGACUUAUUGUGCAGUCAUUUAUACAAUUUGCUGCCCAGCGAGAGCAGGAACAGGAGCGUUGUCUGGCUCAGGGUACUCCUAUUCCAGUACCACAUGUUGUUAAAAACUGCAUUCAACUGGCAGCAUGUGAUGCAAACCAGCUGCUGCCAAUGAACCCAGAACUUCCUGCAGAUCUUUUUACCUCUUGUCUGAGUACACCUAUUAAAGUGGCACUGCGCUGGUUUUGUAGUCAAAAAAGCAGCAAGCUUGUUCCUGGAAUCACCCUUGACUUGAUAGAAAAGAUUCCAGGUCGCCUCAAUGACAGAAGAACACCACUAGGAGAACUGAAUUGGAUUUUCACAGCAGUUACUGAUACCAUUGCAUGGAACACCUUACCAAGAGAGCUCUUUCACAAGCUGUUCAGGCAGGAUCUUUUAGUAGCAAGUUUGUUCAGGAACUUCCUUUUGGCUGAGAGAGUAAUGAGGUCGUACAACUGUACACCUGUAUCUAGCCCCAGACUUCCUCCUACAUACAUGCACCCAAUGUGGCAAGCUUGGGACUUAGCAGUGGACAUUUGUUUGUCUCAAUUACCUGACGUGAUUGUUGAUGUAGGACGUUUUAAGCAUAGUGAUUUCUUCACAGAGCAAUUGUUAGCAUUCCAGGUGUGGCUAGCAUUUGGUGCAGAAGACAGGGACCCCCCUGAACAGCUGCCGAUUGUUCUACAAGUUCUUCUGAGUCAAGUGCACAGAUUGCGAGCUCUUGAUCUACUGGGGAGAUUCUUGGAUUUGGGACCUUGGGCUGUUAAUCUCGCACUUUCAGUUGGCAUCUUUCCUUAUGUGCUUAAACUUCUCCAGAGUUCAGCAAGAGAGUUGAGGCCUUUGUUAGUGUUCAUCUGGGCAAAAAUUUUAGCUGUUGACAGUUCUUGUCAAGCAGAUCUAGUCAAGGACAAUGGACACAAAUAUUUUUUAACUGUGUUAGCUGAUGGGUAUGUACGGGCCGAGGAUCGAACAAUGGCAGCAUUUGUUCUAUCAGUGAUUGUGAAUGAAUAUCCUGUUGGCCAGGAAGCCUGUGUUCAAGGCAAUUUAAUUGCCAUCUGUCUGGAACAACUGACAGAUCCCCACCCUUUAUUGCGACAGUGGCUGGCUAUUUGUCUUGGUCGGGUGUGGUAUCAUUAUGAGGCGGCCAGAUGGUGUGCAGUCAGGGACAGUGCCCCAGACAAACUGUACUGCCUACUUUCUGAUCCACUCCCAGAGGUACGCGCUGCAGCAGUGUUUGCCUUGGGACGAUUUGUAGCCAACACUGGAGAGAGAUCUGACCAAGCUAAUCAGAUUGACUUUGGAGUGGCAAUGACCCUGACGCAGCUGUCCUUGGAUGGAAGCCCGCUCGUUAGAAAGGAACUAGUUGUCGCUCUUCAUGGACUGGUGUUACAGUUUGAAACCAACUUUGGUGUAGUGGCUCUCCAGUUCUUAGAAGAAGACCGUCAAAGAGAGAAUGCACCCCCAGCCGCGGCAAUCACACCAAGUGGCUGGAUUGUGGUGGGUUCUGGUCCUUCCUCUGGAAUGGAGCCCAUUACGCACAUCAGUCCCAGCAGUGGAGCCAAGAACACGAAAGGAAUACGCACAAGCUUUUCAACAUCGAAUCUCAAUACUUUUCCAACAAAUCCUCCUGUUGUUAGUGGCCAGCAUAUCUCAUCGUCAUUAAUGAAUUACAGUAGCAGUAGUGAGAGUCCUGGUAGCAAUGAUUUUAUGCCAGGCAUGAAAGAUCUGCGGCGGACAAGCUCACAAAAUUCACUGUCUUCAAGCUUUCAGUCCAAUGUUUAUGCUAACGUAUGGAAGGCUUUGCUCAAUCUGUCAGUUGACCCUUUUGUGGGUGUUGCAGAUCUCGCCAAGAAGAUCGUUAAUAGCAUAACCUUGAAGGCUACGAUUGCGGCUUGCCCCAAAAGGAUUUCACAUACGCCGUCAACCAGUCUUUCUACUUCUGCCCCGUCAUCACCCGGGAGAUUUCCCUACCACGUGGGGUCAGACCCGUGUAUGUCCCCUCCCCAGCACAGCAGCUCCAAUGAAACGCCUCGUAUAAUGAAAAUGGAUCCCAAUCAGUCCAAAGGUUCCAACCCCGGUCACUUGGGAGCAGCGUUUCCUCACUCAUAUGAGUUCCAUACAAAACGUAAAAUGUUCGACAAAGGUCCGGAGCAUUCUAAACAUCCAAGUACUGCUAGUGAAGAUAACGACCAAGAAUCUGACGAAGAAGCAGGCUCCUCCAAGCCUCCAAUGGUUACCACUAACUUUGCUGGUUGGUGUGCCAGCUACUUUGCUCAAUCUGUUACCAAGCCACCAGUGGAACUUGAUCCUCAAAGUCAGCUGCACUUCGAAAGAGAGUGGAGAUUUGAAAGAAACUCAAAAGUGCGGAGAGAGGCGGCAAAACAACAAGCUAAAACAGCUUCAGGAAAAAUUGAUGACCAGAUAUUCAUUAACAAGAAUGUCAGUGCGCCAGGAGAAUUAAGAUUUCAUCCAUAUGAACCACACCUAGCUGUUGCUGAUAGGGGUGGGGUGAGUAUCUGGAACUGGGAGGAGGGAGUGAAAAUGAACUACAUUGUCAACAACAACCCGAAAGUUUCACGCAUCACCAGCAUGCAAUUCCUGAACGCCCAUGACUUGACGCUGUUGUUAACAGGAACCGACGAUGGCUCCGUUCGAGUAUGGGGAAACAUCGAGGGAGAGAAUUAUGGCCAAAAAAGUCUGGAAAUGGUAACAGCAUGGCAAGCUUUGUCCGGAAUGCUUCCUUCUACUCGAGGAAGUGGUUCGGGUCUUGUGGUCAGCUGGGAACAGCAGACCGGCACCCUGUUAGCAUCUGGUGAUGUCAGGUUCAUUCGAGUUUGGGACACUCAUCGAGAGAUGAGGAUGCAGGACAUUCCCACCGGUGCAGACAGUUGUGUGACGAGUUUAGCUUGUGAUUCUGUGGGUAGAUCGCUGCUAAUAGCUGGUUGUGGUGAUGGGUCCGUCAGACUAUUUGAUAGAAGAUUGCCGCCGAGCGACAGCCGAGUAAUGGCGCUUCGUGAGCAUGCAGGCUGGGUCACCGGUGUAUUCUUACCGCAAGGUGGCGAUGGGAACAUCAUUAGUGGAAGUGUCGCUGGAGACGUAAGAUUUUGGGAUCCGCGUUUCACUGAAUCAGUGCGGACCCUGGAAACUAUCGGUAAUGCGGCGGCGUUCGAGGUUCACCAGCAAGCUAAAGUGUUCGCCACUGGCUCUGCAAGUCAAAUGAUCAAGGUAUACAACCUGGACGGAGGGAACUUGGGUACCAUUAGAUAUCACGACGGUUUUAUGGGUCAGCGGAUUGGCCCUAUCAGCUGUCUUGAAUUCCAUCCGCACAGGGUCCAUCUGGCCGCAGGCAGCACGGACUCUUUUAUCUCGAUCUACUCAACAGAGAAGACUGAAAAGAAGCGGUAGAGGAAAAUUAAUUGUUUGUACAUAGCAAUAGGCGAGUGAUUACCGCCUUUGAAUGGACUCAAAUAUUUUGUUGAUACAGUGCAUAGUUAUCCGUAUCUUUAGACCGAAGCGGUGGCCCGGUAGAAAAUGAAUUGAAUUUACAGGAAUCAAAAUGAUACUAAAAGCAUUAGGUCAAUGACGAAUGAAUUUUUGUUGAAAAAAAUAUACAUUUUUCUAGAUAUCGAAAAAUAUAAAAAUUGUUUCACGAAAUUUACGGUAUUUUCAAGGAAGUGUGGUAGUACCUUCCUAAAUACAGCAAUGACUUCAGUUGGAAAAAAAAAACAUUUUUGCCAUAUUUUUACGCAAAACAUAUCACUCAGAGAAACCACAUAUAUUUCAUCAAUUUGUAAACAUGGUUAUUGUUGGAGUCGAGCGCUGAAGUGAUGUUUUAUCCGUUUUUUAGACAGCUUGUGUUCAAUUCUCUUGGUCGCGAGAUAACAACCAAUUUCCCCAUUUUGUUUGCCUGCAUUUCAUACGUUGUUGCCGGGGUAAGGAAUUUUUUAGUCAGUGAUUAUCAGGUUUUACCGUAACAGGAAACAGAGGAAUAAUUUUAGCGGAUUUGACAAAAUCCCUUUUGGCAUUGUUUUUGUUAUAUUACCCAGUUACCCAGGUAGUGAGAGUUGGAAAACGUGUCAGCUUAUCUUGAUAAAAGACUGAAUUCUCCUAAGCUCAACACAAGCACAGUGGCUGAACAGGUCUCUUGGAUGAAAGGGUCGAAUUUUUUGUGUUUUUACUUGGAGAAGGCAAAACGAUGCUGGGCAUUAAAAGUGAAAUAAAUAUGUAACAUUUUACAAUUGGAGGUCUUAGAAAAAAAAAUCUGAUCUCCGUAAAUUAACACUACCUGUAUUAUAAGCGUAAAAGUGUUAGUUGAGAGUAGAAAUUUCUAAGCUGAAGAGAAGUUUGCUAGGUGUGUUUUAACUCUCUCACUCUCAAGUUUAAGUCCAAGGAAAGCUGUGUUUUCUACGAAGAUUCAUUAUAUUUUUUAAUGCAAUUUUGUCGAGAAAAAACUUAAAUGGGUUGAUUGCAUGAUUUACUAAGGUUGGUAGAAUAAAACUCUCACAAGCCGCCCAGAGUCGGUGCCACCGGCAAAAAUAAAUUGUUUCUAUAGAUAUGUAUGAAACAUUGAAAAGAUACUAAAAUUUCGUAUAGAAAAUACUCCACGCAGAUUUUUCCUCCUGUAGACUUUCCUCCCCUCAGUGUGAAAACUCCUUUUGACCAUGAGUAUGCUAAAAAAAUUGGAAAAAUUAAUGGAAAAGACAGUGAGGGAGUUAAGGAUUUCGCCGCGAAACUUUUCCAAGCUGUUGUGGUUAUGAGUACGUAUAUUGUAGUUUGUUGACGACAGUUUUGAUUGGUAGCGCCGUGAAUGUUUGGUGAAAAGUGGUGUGUGAAAUGCAGUCUCGUUUCCAGACCCUUUUCGGAGUUAUUUCCGCGGAACUGUUCAAAACUAAAUAUUUACCUUACAUAUUAUUGGUUGGUAAAAGUCGUGGCUUUGGGAAGGAGAUUGAGUGCAACUUUGCUAGCUACUAUGUGCUACUUUUAAGACAGUUUUGUAAAUUUUCAGAAGACUACCAUAGACUUGACAAAAGUUUUACUAUUCACAGAUUAAAAAUAACAUCAAAAGUUCUAAUAAAGCAGUAGCUAAAUGUGUGCAUGUAGGCGACAGGUUCAUAUUUCAUAACUGUAUUUUUGUACAUAUGGCUAUUUUUGAAAUGAAAUGAAGUACUGAUAAUUAUUUAUUAUCCAUAAUAAAAAUUGUAAUAUUUCUUUUUUCACCAAAUAAAUAGCCUCUUUAUGUGAUGUA